AUGGAGAGACGCGGAAGGGACCUGGGUGGAGAAGCCCAGUCGGACGCGGGCCAUCGAGAAUCCAAAUAUGCCAAGCGCCCGGGCAGCGAAACCUCCGAAGCACGGCUCAAGACAUUUCCCGAAACGAAGACGAGCCUGAUGUCUUCAAAGGCCGAAACGUGCUUAAGCUUGUUGAAGGAGCAAGGGCUUGCCGCGCGUGCGGAGAAAACGGCGAUGGCGACCACCCCGAAGGAGAUGGCGGCCGAGAAGGAUUUAGCGAUGGCGUCCGGAGAAGCGACGAACCAUCGGGAUAGAUCUAAUGCGUCCGUUGGGGGAAAAUCGCAUUCAAGUGUUGCAAAAACCUCCGUUUCGAGAACGAGUGGCAGUUCCCGCGCAUCGAGGGCAGCCAGGAUAGAGCAGCUGGAAAGGGAGCAUGCGCUCCAACUGGAGAUCCUUAAAGCAACGGCAACGGCAGAGCUAGCAAACUUAAAGCUAAGCCUCGAGAAAAAGAUGUCUCGGAUAGUGGAUGAUUUUGCUAGCAGCUCUAGCAAAUCAUCGAAGAUGCUAGAUAAGAUGAAGAAAACGGAGAGAGAUUCCGUUAGUUCGGUGAGUAAAACCAGCGAAGCAAAAUGGCCCCGUCGAACCGAAUCGAAGGAGCCAUCGACCCCGAAGAGGCAGCCAUUGCUAGCUGACGAGGCAGCAGCAAGGAAAGUUUGGCCAGCAAAGCUCCCCACGUUUUCCGGGUCGCCCAAAGAGUGGCCGAUCUUCUAUAGCUGCUACACGGAGUCAACGAAGGCAUGUGGGUUUUCGUCGCUCGAAAAUAUCAUGCGACUCGAGGCCGCGUUGACAGGAGCAGCGAGAGAUGCCGUCGCUUCGAAACUUAUGCUGCCAAAUGCUGCCCCGUUGGUCAUGGAGGUGCUGAAAAGGCUGUACGGUCGCCCCGCGCUUCUGAUAAAGGAGCUUAUAGAAAAGGUCCGGGCCACCGAAGCACCAAAACCGGAACGUCUGGAUACGCUCAUCACGUUCGGUUUAGCGGUUCAGCAACUGUGCGAUCACCUUACUGCGUGUGAGAUGCAGGACCACAUGGCGAACCCAAUGCUGCUAGACGAGCUGGUAGAGAAACUCCCUGCAACUAGGCGGUUAGAGUGGGCCCGAUUUAAGCGCCAUUUCGAACGGCCAACCCUCAGGGAGUUUGGUGCGUUCAUGGACGAACUGAUGGAGGAUUGUUGCGAGGUAACGGUGUACGCUCCCGCCAAAGUCGAGGCAGGUCGAGCUCCCGUGAAACCACUCCACCGUUCACAUACGUUCACCCAUUCCUCGUCGACCGUUGAAGUUAGCACUCCAGUAGCGCAACCGGUGGUGAAGCAGGAUGAGAGAGGCAGCACAGGCAACCUUGUGGCAAAGUGCUUCGUCUGCAAUGACCCCAGCCACAGAGUGAGGGAGUGCAAGGAAUUCCAACGGAUGCCGCUCGCCGCACGAAUGGAAGUGGUAACCCAGAGGAACCUGUGCCAAAACUGCCUGAGCCUUCAUUGGGAUAAGGCGUGCAGAUCUAAGCAGUCCUGCCGGGUCACAGCUUGUGGCCAGAGACACCACACCUUACUACACUCGGACACCGGUAACGUGAAAGCACAGUGCAACACGCAUCGCGUAGCGGAGCCGGAGAUUUUGUUCCGUGUUGUUCCCGUUACGCUGCACAAGGAGGGGCGCAGCGUGGAUGCAUUCGCGCUUCUGGACGAGGGCUCCAACCUGACGAUGAUAGAGUCAUCGCUUGCGGAGCAGCUAGGCGUCACGGGAAAGCGAGAACCCAUGGAGAUGCUGUGGACCAGCGACGUGCGGAGGACGGAGGAGGCUUCUCAGCGCGUCUCUUUCGAGAUCUCGGCGAGGGGCGAAGGGCGGCGCUACACAGUAGCGGCCGCUCACACAGUCAAACAGCUAAGUCUCCCGAAACAAACCUUAAAUGAUAACGUACUGAUAAGCAAAUAUAAUCACUUCCAGGGUUUGCCAGUCACAACUUAUCUGGAGACAGUGCCUCAAAUAUUGAUCGGGCUCCAAGAUGUUGCUUUGCUGGAACCACUAGAGACGCGUUCCGGCGAACUAGGUGAGCCGAUCGCAGUGCGGUGUCCACUUGGAUGGGCCAUUUACGGACCAUGUGCGGUGCAGCAACCGGCGGUAGACCAGCGCACACAGUCGUACUCAGCAGCAGUUAGCGUGAACCAACCGGCGGAAGAAGAGAAGGCUCCUUCCUGUGGAUCCAUUCCGGAAUGGGAGGCGGAAGUUAGGUUCAUACGAGCGUAUGUCAACUGCCAUACGAGAGUGACAGACAGCAUGGACCCUGAAGCCGAUCGGGAGCUACACGAAGCGCUACGGCAGUAUUUCACGCUAGAGGGUGUUGGGGUGUCCAGUUUUGCCGAAAACCUUCCAGAGCCGAAGGACAUAGCUCGAGCGAAGGAGCUGUUGGCAAGCACCACAGUAAAGGAGGAUGGCCGCUUCACUACAGGAUUGCUGUGGCGAGAUGAUGAUGUCUGCUUACCGGAUAGCUACCAAAUGGCAGAAAAAAGAUUAGUAUCCUUAGAACGGAAGUUGGAAAGAAAUCCGGAGCUCAAAAAGGAGGUACACGACCAAAUUAACACGUACCUAGAACAGGGCUUUGCGCACAAAGCGACCCAAGAAGAGCUGGCUACGGCAGACCCAAACCGCGUUUGGUACCUGCCCAUUAACGUUGUGGGUCACCCUCGCAAACCCGAGAAGAAGCGUCUAGUAUGGGACGCAGCAGCGAAAGUCGACGGCGUUUCCCUCAACUCGCAGCUGCUAAAGGGGCCGGACCUGCUAUUGCAACUGCCUGCUGUUUUUGGCAAUUAA